AGAAAUGCUGCACGCAGUAUAUGCUCGCUGAAGGUUUUCACAAGGCUGUAAUUGAUUAUCAGCAGGUGGCGACAAAUCUCAGUUUUGCAGCGAAAGAUGCUUCUUUGCGGCUUCUUGUCAGUCAUUCGGAAACUUUUGAGGUAUUUUUCUUAGUGUUUGAUUUGAUUGUAAGACAGUCACAGAUGGUCUACAAGAAAAGGAGAAAUGAGUGCUCCUCGGGUACUAGUUUGGUUUUGGAGACAGACACCUGUGGGAAACCGACGAGGUAGUUCCUCUGAGCUGCUGAGGAGGAACUAAAUGCGGAUUUCUACUAUCGGAUGUGAAAACCUAAAUUGAAACCGACAUAAAAAGCUUGUUCAGAAGAAAAAAAACGUAGUGUGUAAAGGAGAAAAAGCUUUAAAGUGAUAGAAGAGCGUGUUUACAGAGUGUGUUACCCGAGGAGGGCGGGGUACAGGGUCGUAGGAGCGGGGCGGGCGGUGCCUACAGUGCCCUCCGCUCGCUGCGGGGGAAGACGCGUGAACUUGAACGCUGCCUUCAGUGCGAUCUCAGGCAGAGGCCAGCCAGUCUUUUCAGUCUGUCCCCGCAGAUCAGGUUUCAAUCAACUUAUCGGAGAAGACGGAUUUUGGAGGGUUUGUUGUUUGGGAACCCAGAGAAGGUGCCGACGCGAUGUCCAGGCGCAAACUUGGAAGCAGACCGCAGCACCUGAGUGCAAUUCAAGAUGUCACUGACAUGCCGGAUGUCACCACUUCAUCAGACGACGGGCCACCCCCUCUUCCUCAGGUCCGAGCUCCUGGCGAGGGUCGUGACCUCCUGACCUGCGGCCAGUGCAGCCGGGCCUUCCCCCUCGCCCACAUCCUGACGUUCAUCCAGCACAAACAGGGCGGCUGCCGCUCUCAAAACCAAGCCCCAAACGCCAACGCCACGCCCCCCUCACCUGCCAACCGGGCACAGCAGCGUGUCGCCAAUGGCGAGCUGGGGCCGGGCUUCAUCGAGCUGAGGAGAGGCGGCAGAGCCUGGAGGGAGGAGCCCGGUGUGAAGGUGAAGCCGGAGCACAGCAAAGCAGUGUCUGAAGAGCCUUCCUACUUCACCUGCCAGCAGUGUGAAGGCGUGUUUCCAUCUGCAUGGGCGCUCUUACAGCACGCUCAGCACACGCACUCCUUCAGCAUCUACCAAGAGGACGAGGAGGAUGACACAUACGUGAGAGGAGGAGAGGAAGAGGAGGAUUUAGAGCGCACAAGCCCGCCGCAGCCACUCUGGCCUCGCCACCUGAGCCAAGCUCUUGCCUCUGCCUUUCAGCCCUCCGCCCUGCGCCUCAGUCGCUCCCGUCCGACACACACCGCCUCCUCCUCCAGUAACAUGCAGGCUCUGAACUUUUCAGUGCUGCUCAGGGAGCUCGCCGAAGGGAAUAACAACACCACCAGCAGCUCCCCCGGAGGCCUGGGCCUGUCUCCGUGCUCUUCUCCACUAGCAGCUUCUCCUUUUCCUCACAGCAGAGCCCUCCAGGCUGACUUCCUCUGUGAGCUGUGUGAUCAGAAUUUCCAGUCCCUGCGCGCCCUGUCCGCCCACCGCCGCACUCACUCCUGCGACAGGCCCUAUCACUGCGGAGUGUGCGGGCAGGCCUUCUCCCAGAGCGGCCAACUGGCACGUCACAUAAGGAGCCAUCACAGGGAAGCUGGAGGUGGAGGAAGUGGAUAUGAGUCGGUGGAGAUGGUCAUGAUGGAGGAGGAUGUAGAGAGGCAUGGGAUGAGAGGGAGGUUUCAAAUGCGGCCACCUGGAAUCAUCAUGGGAAAGGGAAUGGGCGGUGCAGAAGUGAGAGCCCAGGGUCCCUCAGAGUCAGACCUGACCAUGCCCAAACACCUAGCUUCAGGCCUGAUGCUGCUGACCUCGCAGGUCGAGCCGCCAGACAGGGAGCUGCUGAGGCUGUACCAGCAAGAGAGAGAGGUGGUAGAGGGAGGGGAGGAGGAGGCAGAGGGGCAGGGGGAGCCUCAGCACACCUCACCCUGCGCCAGCCCGUCUGAAGGCUCACUGGAGAGCGGAGAGACGGGCGGCAGCGGCGAGAGCGGUAUCGCCAGUGGCAACUGCACGCCCAAACGUCCAGAGAUGAGCGACCGAGUGCAAGGAGUCGGAGAGUGGGAGAACGAAAGAGGGGAGAUCAUAGAGAGGGAGACAGACUGGAGCUCAGCCAAAGUCAGCGAGGUCGUGCAGGAGUGGCAGAGGGAGAAUGAGCGGAGGAGUGUAGGAGGAGGCGUCAGCGGCGGAGGAAACAACAACAGUUCUGCUGCCGGUUCAGCUGGUAAGAAAAAGAAGGAUGAAGCCUGCGAGUACUGUGGUAAACACUUCAGAAACAGCAGCAACCUGACAGUGCACCGCCGCAGCCACACUGGUGAACGACCCUACCGUUGCGGCCUCUGCAACUACGCAUGCGCUCAGAGCUCAAAAUUAACACGCCACAUGAAGACCCACGGCGCCCAGGGAGCCAAGGCUUCCUUUUUGUGCCAGCUGUGCUCAGUACCAUUCACCGUCUACGCCACUCUGGAGAAACACCUGAAGAAAGUGCACGGCCUGAGCCACGCCAGCGUGGGAGCGUACGCACAGGCCAGCGCUGCAGACACUUUGGCUGCCAUAAAAGCUGAAGAACAAGCAGUGGUUGUGAAAAUGGAGGAGGACGAAGCCAGUUUGGAUCAGUUAGAAAUGGAGAGCAAAGUUCAGAGUGAUGUGGUGAAAAGCAUGGAGGUGGAGGAGGGGCUUAGCCAAGCGGAGUAUGUGGAGAACGGAGGGAGUCCAGCCACAGUGGCUGAUCUGCCACCUGAGAGCAACGCGGAGUUGAGCUUAGCUUUGACUUCAGCGCCAUGAGAGCUGUCCUCAUUACCUAAUUGACAUUAACAUAGCACUGUGUAGGAUUUAAGUCGCCCAUUCAAAUAUAAAGAAUUUGCCCCAUCAUUGAACAGAGAGUCAAGUUAAACUGGAAACUAGUCCGGCAGAGAGUCCCCGUCCUCUCUGCCAGCGCCGAGGCACACAGCAGCAGCAGCAGCCACGCUGUUCAUGAUUGUAUGUAAAGCUGCUGCGUGAAACUAAGUGCCUACGGUUCUUUAGACCACAGAGCAAAAACAAGGCCGUGACAUUCAGCAGGGAGAUUACCAGAGCUCUCGAACAGGAAGUGAACCGCCACAGUCCACACAGACGCAGGAAACCGAUCACCAUGUUGCAGUGCAGGAUGCAAAAGACGAGUGAUUUAUCGCUCUGUCGACCCACUGGACAGAUGGAGAAAGAUAUUAACUGUCAGAUAAUAUAGAGUAGGGGUUUAUAUUGAAUUUAAAAAAGCCAAGCAAUAGAACGAUGUUAAUAUAUUUUCUGCAGACGGAGAAAGGUCAUAUUGUGUUUUCUAGCUGUUGCUGGUUUUCUUUUGAGAAGACCUUUUAAAGACUAAAGAUGUUUGAACAGCCACGAGGGUGAAAUGAAUCCAAACAAUGUCUGCCUGCAGUUUCUCAGACUCCUCUUUUUAAAGGCGCUUGGUUGUCACAACACUUGUCACUUAACGUAAUGUUUACAGGGCUCACGGAGCCUGGCAAGGUUGGGCUCCUGACUUUGUGUAUGGAUGAUUUUCUGUUUUCUAAUUUUAUAAAAAAUGUGAAUAAGGAGACUUUAAAGUCUUAUCUACUGAUGUUCUUGUUUUCUCCAUGUUUCUUUCUAUGCAUAAAAAAAAAUCUGCAAUUUUACCUUCAUGUGAAACGGGUGUGUAUGUUUCGUUCUCUAUUUGUACCUAUUAUUGUGAUGGUAAUUUCUCCCUUUCAUUGUUUACAUAUGUAAAGUGCCGGACUGCUUGAAGCUCGUGCAUGUUUUUGCAGCCAUUUGAAACUGUUCUUUUUAUUUUUGUAUUUUUGUUGCCUGUGUUUGAAUUAUUCCUAAUUUAUGGAUGCUGCAUGUUGGUGAUUGUGUAACUGCUGAACUACAGGGUUGAGAGGUGCAGGAGUAGCUUGUUGAUUGGUGGAGUUUUGUCAGAAGCACUUGGGUGAGUUUGCGUGAAUGUGUUUUGUUUGUUUGUGUGUACAUACUGGCGGGGGGGGGGGGGGAAGAAAUCCUCAGGUGACACUUCUACUUGACUCGGCAGAUCAUAAUCACCGUGUCGUGCUUCUGGCAAGUGUGUCGCCGACGAGGAUCUAAGAAACGCAAGUUAAGCAAGAGGAAAUCUGCUCAUUCAAUAUUAAAAAGAAGAGAACGAAGUUGUCAAGUGGAGGGCUGCCAAUGUUUUUGUGACUACUGUGAUGACUUUGUGUGACCAUAUCUGAUUUAUACAUGAAUUCAUGUCAGGGAAAACAAAUUCUUGUGUGUGUUGUGUAAUGAAUGAGUGCAGUGUAACUGUUCAGGGAUAAUAUUUUGUACAUAGAUUGACAUGCUUGCUGUUGCUAUGCUUAUUGUUGUUAUUAUUAAUAUUACCUGCCUCCACUUCUCCUAGCUUUGUCUCCUUUCCGCUGAACACUGGCUAUUGUGAAGCUCCGCUGUCUUUGUAAACUUGACACCAUUUUGUAAUUCACCUUCUCAUGAGGAGCCUCAAUAAAGAAUUGAGGUUAAAUAUUUUC